GCGGCGGACGCGCGGCCCGGCGGCGGCGGCGGCUGCUGCUGCGGCGGGGAGGGCCGGCGGGCGAGGCCUGCGCCCCGCGUGGAACCGGCCCCCUGGCGAGGGGCGGCCCCGCCAGAAUUAAUCAGGUACAAGUUAGAGAAAGCUUCCAAAAUCUGAACAGAUGAAGAUCAAUUGAUAAAUCAACCCAGCGAUUCACCAUACUUUCAAGCAGCGGAAAGAAUGUCGGCGCGGGCCGCGGGUGACGUCAGAAGGGAGCAGCGCAGCGCGGCGGCGGCCAGGCAGCGGCAGCGGCGGCCCCGCCACGGCGAAGGAGGCGGAGGCGGAGGAGGCGGGAGCGGCGCCGGCCCCGCCGCCACCGCAGCGGCAAUGGCGGCCGUCGGGGAGCGCAGGUCCCUGCCCAGCCCCGAGGCGAUGCUGGGGCAGCCCUGGAGCCACUGGGUCGAUGCUGCUAAACUUCACGGGAACGACGGAACAGCAUUAGAAGAAAGUUUCAAGGAAUACGGAAGAAACCGAGAAGCGAUGCGACUUUGCCGAGAAGAUAUGCCAAUAUUUGGUCUUUGCCCGGCUCAUGAUGAUUUCUAUUUGGUGAUGUGUAACCACUGUAAUCAGGUCGUAAAACCACAGGCAUUUCAAUCACAUUAUGAAAGAAGACACAGCUCCUCUAGCAAGCCGCCUUUGACUCCUCCCUCCUCUUCAGUAUUUUCCCUCAUUUCAUCUUUCCCUUCAAAAAACAAAGGUAGCAGUGGAAGUGGGAGCAAUCGUUCAUCCAGUGGAGGUACUAGUGCAUCAUCAUCAAAUUCCAAGUUGUUGAAAUCACCCAAAGACAAGCUGCAGAUCAGCGGAAACAACAGGUUAAUGCAUUCGGUACAGCAUAGCAAAGUUCCCCAUGAUAAAAUUAUGACUCCAUCUGUCAAAGUGGAAAAGAUUCAUCCAAAGAUAGAUGGUGCCCAACUGAAAGCUGCUGUUGGUCCAACUUGUUCUACUACUGUGAGUUCCUCAAUAAAGACUGGCCUUAAUUGUCCCUCAAUACCAAAGCCACCCUUGCCUUCCCCUGGACAGAUACUGAAUGGUAAAGGUCUUCUCUCUGUGCCUCCAUUUUUGGAAAAGAAACCUGAAGAAAAUACAAAUAAUAGGAAAUUUUUACAUAAAAGAUUGUCAGAGAGAGAAUUUGAUCCUGAUAUAUACUGUGGUGUCAUUGAUGUGGAAACCAGGAAACCUUGUACUAGGUCUUUGACAUGCAAGACACAUUCCUUAACCCAGCGGAGGGCUGUACAGGGUCGAAGAAAACGAUUUGAUUUGUUACUAGCUGAGCACAAAAGCAAAACCAGGGAAAAGGAACUUCUUCGACAUUCGGAUCAUCAUCAGCAGAUGCCCCCUCUCAGGGAACCACAUCCCUCACCUACUAAAACUUCCCAGGAGCUGCACCAAAAUUCUCAUGGAGUUACUCUUACAGAAUCAAAGCCUUUAUUACCUAAUAAACCCAAACCUCACCCCCCCAGUCUUCCAAGGCCUCCAGGCUGUCCAGCCCAGCACAGUGGAAAUGCCCCUAGCGAGUCUCCUUCUGUCCACGAGUCCCCGCACCCUCCCUUGCCUGCAGCUGAGCCAGCAUCUCGGUUAUCCAGUGAUGAGGGAGAAUGUGAUGAAAAAGAAGAGCCUGUUGAAAAACUGGAUUGUCAUUAUUCAGGUCAUCAUCCUCAACCAGCCGCUUUUUGCACAUUUGGUAGUCGGCAAAUUGGAAGAGGUUAUUACGUGUUUGACAAGCGGUGGAACCAUAUUCGAUGUGCACUUGACUUCAUGUUGGAGAAGCAUCUUAAUUCACAGAUGUGGAAGAAAAUUCCUCCAGCAUCUAGUAACACAGCAUCAAUUCGUGCACCACAUCGGACAAACUCGACGCCUGCUUCACAGUACGGUGUCAGUGCAGCAGGUUUCCUCUUACCCACCACAGUUAUGUCAUCGCCAGCAUUGGUAUCUCCUUCCUGUGUGUCUCUGAAUAAUAAAUCGGUACCAUCACAUGGAACGACACUAAAUGCCAAUCCUGCUACUUUGGGUGCAGUGGAUCCUGUCUGCAGUAUGCAAUCAAGACAAGUGUCUUCAUCCCCUUCAACACCUACAGUGCUUUCCUCUGUACCUUCACCUAUGCCCAGCAAACCUCAAAAAAUGAAAUCCAGCAAAUCUUUUAAACCUAAGGAAUCUUCUGCUGGCAGUGGCACCUGUAACAGUACCGGCAGCGUCAGUAGCAGCAGCGGCUCAGGAAAGAAGCGUAAAAACAGUUCCGCACUGCUAGCACCUUCUCAUUCCACAGAGUCCUUCAGAAAAAACUGUGUGGUUAACUCUGGAAACUCUGGGACCUCCUAUCAUCCAUCGGUGACAGCUUCGUCCCACAGCGUUGGCCUCAACUGUAUGACUAGCAAAGCUAACUCUGUUAGCCUCAAACAUGACCAAUCAGGGAGGGGUCCUCCGACUGGAAGCCCUGCAGAAUCGAUAAAGAGAAUGAGUGUGAUGAUGAACAGCAGCGACUCCACGCUCUCCUUGGGGCCGUUUAUUCAUCAGUCCAGCGAGCUGACUGUAAAUUCACACAGCAGUUUUUCACAUUCGCAUACUUCCCUUGACAAAUUAAUAGGAAAGAAAAGAAAGUGCUCACCUGGUUCAAGCAGCAUAAACAGCAGCAGCAGCAGCAGCAGCAAAUCAAACAAAGUUGCCAAAUUGACAUCGGUGAACAAUGUUCAUGCAAAACACACUGGUGCAAUCCCAGGGACGCAAGGACUGAUGAACAAUUCUCUUUUUCAUCAGCCAAAGGCACGUCCCUGAUAGCUGAAUGCACCGUGGUGAGAAACGAACUGGACAAUUUUCACUACAAGCAAAACCUCCAUUUGGAUUUCUGGACUCCAAGAUGCCUUGAGUUUUCCCAACUUCCCAUGGUCCUCAGGUGUGGAAAUCUACUGGACUGUCACUUAAACAAGGAAUUUCCCUGAAGCCAUGUCUGUAGCAGCGAAUAUACUAGAAAUGGACACUGGAUGAAGUUCAGCCACAUAAUUGCUCUUAUCAGUGUUAACGGUGGUCUGGACUGUUUGCUACAAAUCUGUGAGAUUUUACUUACAGGAGUACAUCAUCUUGCCACUAUUUGACAUAGAUUGGCUGGGCAAACGAAUGUUUUCUGGGGGGAAAUAAACGUUACUGUGGACUUAUUUUUAUACUGAUGGUGUCUUUUGUAGGUGAUAGCUAACCAGACAGACACCCUCAAUGGCGAGGACCCCGUGACAAGGGGGAAGAAUGUGUGAGGCACAAUGGAAAGAAGCCCUCAAGAAGGGAAUAUGGCUUUAGUGUUUUUAUAGCAAUGUUCCUUUAAUGGAAUAUAACAAUAGCACAAUUCAAAAAAUAGUCUGUGUUUUGCCCAGCCUUUUGCAAGUAAUUUGGGAUAAGAAGCUAUCAGGAGUUUAAAAAAAAAAAAAACAACAAAACAAACCCAACAAAAAACAGAAAAACUUGUUAGAGGCCAUCACGCAGAAAACAAGUAUAAAAAUGUCAUACUUGCAUGAUACAAAACCUGUUUUCUAUUCUUUUGAAUAAGAUUUGAUUGCAGAAGAAAGUAAGAUAAUUUUGUUUUUUAAAAAAUCCCAAACCAUCAAACAGACAAAGGCAAAUAACCUCUAAAACUGUAUGCCCAAAGAACGUAUUUAUUGACCUAUACUGUAUACCAUAGGCCUUUGUUAUUUAAAAAAAAAUAACAACUGUAUUGGUUAAAUUAGGCUGGAUUUGCCUUCCAGCGGGUAAAAAUAGCCCUUUUAAAAAUAAGUAUUUAAAGUAUUUAAAUAUUUUCUAAAAAACAUAAAAGUCAGUUUCUUUAUGCCUUGUUUGUAGAACUAAAUCGUUAACAUGUUAUGCUUUCAACCACUCAAAUUUUUUUCAAAAUUCUGGAAUAAAUGCCAAUUUGACAGCAGAGUUCACCAUAAAGCGCAGAUGUGUGCAUCACAGUCAUCCCAUGCCUACCCAGGCUUUAUGAAUAAAGGGGGCUUUACACAGUUUUAUAUAGUCCAGUCAAUUUUUAUGAAAUAUUUUGUCUUGCUUCAAAACACCUCAAAAGUGAAUUCCGCUAAAGGGCUUAUUGUAUUAUGAUUUGAUUCGUCUGGAUGUUUUUGUUAAGUGUUUAAACAUCAGGUAAAGUCUCAAAACUGACUAAACUUUUAUUAAGGGGGCAAAGCAAAGGAAAACAAAUUCCUAACCAAGAAGAUAUUUUUUCUGCCUUAAAGGGGCACCAGCUAUUGCUGAGAAGAGACAAUCUGAGCCUGUCCAAUUGUUCGCGUAGCCCAGCCUUCUCCCCAGUUCUGGUGGCAAGGAGUACAUCAGGGAAUCCAAAGCCACUCUGAGUAGCAGUUGCUUAGUUGUUUACCUAACGAUGCUUUCAGUUUAACCUGAACUUGCUAUGAAAUCAUUGUUACACAGCAAAACAACAAGAAGCCUCUAUGCAGACACUUUGAAUUGAUACAAAAGAUCACAUUGAGAAAGCAACGUACUAGAGACACUUAUUAUGCAAACUUUAAAAAAAAAAAAUAGACAACUUUUCAGGAACAAAAGGAUUCGAAUUUAAUAAGAUGCCCUUGUUGAAAGGAUUGUUAGAACUGCAAUUGGUUUAACGUAAAAGGAACCAAAGUGAUAUGCCACAAAGAGAAAUCAAAGCGUAUUAAAUCCUGCACAUUUGGAGUGAAAUCCACGCUCUGAUGAAGUCCCUGGGGCAGACCUUCCACUUCAGGAUAGCAUCAGUCACAAGUGCAAUUUGACUCUUGAUAGACACAAAGGUAAAGGAAACAAAAAUUUGGCAAGAUUGAACACUAGCAAGUCUGUGAUUGAACUCUCCUCUGUUUUUUUAAGGUUCUGUUGAUCUGAAAGCAUGAGGGCAAAUUCGUGCUCCUUCGAUAGCAUGCAGACGUGUUAAAAAGUGAAUUCCUGAUCGCUGCUCGUACAGAGUCAGCGUCUGCAGUCACCUGCGUCGUGUGGGUUUAAGCCACUGGGAAUAAAGAGUUAGAACACCGUAAAUUCUGUCUGCCCUUGAGCAUAGACCUGCUUAAAUAUUAUGUUUUAGAUCUUGGUUAUAAGCAGAACAUUGUUCCUGACCUGAAGCUUUUAUUGUCACAUAGUUCUUACUGUAAAUAAUUAAGGAAGCUUAAAAUUAAUUUUCCUUGCAAAAUUGAAUUUGCAGUGGCUGGGUUGUUUCUAGACAGAUUUUGGUAUUAAUUUAAGAGAUACAGUUUUUAUAGUCUUUCCAACUUCUCGUUAUGACUCCUGCAGUUUUCUUAACCUAAAAAAUUGCUGCAAUGAUGAACAAAGAAUUAUACAAGAAAAAAAACAUACUUUUGUAUCUUUAUUUUGGAAUUUCUUGUUCUAUUAUAAAUAUUGAAGUAUCCCUAUUUCAGAAGACAUAUUUUGUUAAUUGAUUGUACAUAUUUAAAUAUGUAUUUUUGCACAGGUCUUUUUUUCUUAUAUCCAGUUUUGGUACAAUUGAGAUCAUCUAGUAUUUAUUUAUUAAUUAAUUAAAAAAAAAAAGCAAAUACCUUUUUAUAAUUUGAAGUGGUUCACUGCCAAGCCAAUAGUUAACAUGCCUACUUCGCAACUUAAGGGAUGCCUCCGUUUUGUGAAAGCUGUGUCCCUUUUCAUGUCUUGGGAGUGGAUACAUGCAAACUAUUGCCCGGGUCCUGCGGUCGGGUUCUGCCGCGGGAACCCGAGCGCAGGACUGGAGCCGAAAUGGUCGAUACGGCAUUGCUUAUCAGUUGCCUGAUUCCCAGAAGACUACAUUUAGUUAAGUGACACACUGCUUCUCUUUUUUUAGUGUUUGUGUGCGUGUGCGUGCGUGCGCAUUUGUGUGGGUCUCGUGGUUUAAAACUAACGGAAAAACUGAAAGUGCCUGAUAUAACUAGUUUUAAGCUUGGACUGUUUAGACAGCUUCUCCUUAAAAGACUUGAAUGUUCAGUUGAAAUUUUGGAGCUUGCUUUUUCCACCUAUAUAUAAUAUAUGUGUGCGUAUAUAUAUGUAUGUGUGCGUGUAUAUAUAUACACAUACAUAUAUAGGUAUUUUUUCUGAAAUUAAUGAGAUGGGUUGACAAAAGAAAGCGAAUGAUGCUGGUAACUUUUGUAAAAUCUUUUAAUUAGAAUACCUUGUGUUGGAACAAUCCCAUUGAUAACUCAUAUUUAAUAUAAUGCCAAGGGUUUGAAAUAUGGUUUUAACCAGCAGUUUAUUUAACUGUCUCAUUUUGGGAAGGGAGGCAGGGAGGGGGGUCGUAUUCAUAAAUGAAAUAAUUUAGAAAUGUUCAAAACAGUUGAUAUUCCAGGAAAACAAAAAAAAAACCAAGUAAGUACCUCUUAAAACCAUUAAAAAAAAGAUGUGAUUUCCAAAUGACAUUUCUAAGGCAGUUGUCUUCCUGUAAGAGUUCUCUUGCCAAGGAAUCUCUCUCUCGUCUUUCACUCAUUCUGUCCUGGAGGAGGGAAUUGGGCUUAGAAAGAUUCUUAAAUGUUUCACUGUUCCGCAGAAAAUAAUCAUUUUUACCUUUUGUGCAAGAUAUUUUACGUUUUAAAGAUAAUUUUAAAAUGAGCACUACAUAAUGUCAAUGUGAAUGUAGGCCUUGAAAGCAUCUUGCUCGGUGUUGAGCCUGGUUCUAAAAGCAAUCUCCUGUGUAAAAUGUGUGAAUAGUUUGAUAAUUUGUAUACAUAAUCAAGAGCAUCUGAUCAGCUGAACUCUGUGUUGGCUGCUGUAUAGUACAUGAACAAAUGUCAUGGGAUAGAAAAAUUACUUUGGAUAUUUAAAAGAAAAAUAAAUAUAUAGUCUAUUUGUUUUGUAACAAGUUUCUGUAAAUAAAAUAAUUUAUACUAUUUAUAAGAAAAAGUUGUGCUUUGCUUCCUGAAAAAGAUUAGUUUGUUGAACAAACAUGUUACUAAACAAGGCAAUAAAAUUAGGACUUUUCAAUAAAUGAGGUUGGUUGCAUGGAA